AUGUACAUGUUCAUUAAGAUUUGGAAUUUAGAUAAUAUAUAUAGCUAUGAAUGCGUGGGUGUGGGAGGGAUGGCAGGGAUGGCAGGGGUGGGAGGGGUGGCAGACCUGAUCAGGAAUAGGGCAUCACAUGUGAUCGUAGGGAUUGUGAGGCUGGCAGGGAUGGCAGGGAUGGCAGGGCUGCCAAUGUCGUCCCGAUAUAGCAAAGGAAACAGUGGCACAACUUCUAGUGUUGGGUUCGGUGCCGGUGGCGGCCCUUCAGCUCUCAAUCUCUAUACAAACAAAUCGGCUAAUAAUAAAAGUGCUUCUUCUGGCUAUACAUCUGAUCACUAUUCCAGUCCAUCAGCUCUUCAUUCAUUGCCGGGUUAUGUAAGCGAUGUCGGGGGCAGUAGUAGUCAUGUCUCCUCCAAAGCCAGUUAUCUCCAAACCAAUGCAUACGGAAGCAGUCCAGGGGUUAAAACCUACUCAUCCUAUAGUAAUUCAUACUUAUCUAAUACAAUGUUUCGUAAUCUAUCAACAAAUACAUCAAGAAUGCCAUCUAUUAACUACUCGUAUAGCAGUGGUAGCAGUGGUUACGCCCGAAAUGCGAGUCCCAGAUAUGUCUCGCAUACCAGACCUGAGAGAACCACUCAAACAAACCAUACAAACCAUGAGCUCAAUAACAAUAACAACUCUAUAACCUCUAUAACCAACACAACUAACAAAAGUAAAACUCCGGCAGAAUUCUCAUCGGAUUCUGAGGGCGAGGAAAACCAUUCAGACAUUAUAUGCCACACAAAUAUCAUCGUCACCUCCAGAGCCACUUCACCCAAUAGGGAGAGGGAUGUCACUAAUGCCAGACUAGACUCCAUUUCGGCCACUCAGCAGAUCAUUAGACCCAAGAAAGUGGUGUUUGGCGUUGUGUUGGCCAACAAGUGCUCACAACAAACCCAAUGCACUCAUUCAGACUUUCAUACCGAUAACCGGCUCAGUAUAUCACCCGCACUCACCCCAAACCGAUCCCUAACACCCACUCCAGCACUUAGUAGUCCGACACUGAGUCCAGCCCUGAGUCCGAGUGUCACUCCAUGUCAUUCGCCAUCACCGGUGAGAAUGCGUUACGGAUGUACUCCUAAUAGAAGACCUGCCAAUACCUCUAACAAUAGCAAUAGAUAUUCAAUGCCAGUCAUGACAAUCACCACUACCUCUGCCACUGAUUUCUCAAAUUACAGCUCAGUUUGCAAUUCAAAUGAUAGCCAAACAGAGAACACAAUGUCUGCCAAACCUUUCAAUUCAUCCAAUAAUUCAAUUCAAAACUCAUUUGAAAUGCCCGUCAUCGGCGACCAAACGUCUCAAAGCAGAUCCAGAGGCAGAAUCUCGCCCUCAAUCUUAAGACGGAGACGAAGCAAAUCCAGAGGCAGACUGUCUGGUCGUUCCAGAAGUAGAUCCAAAGAAAAGCUAUUGGAUAGAGAAGAGUCUUCGACAACAACUUCCAGUAGUAGUGAUGACGAAGAGCUCCAAAAGAAUAAGACAGCGGAUCGACACUCGAGACUCAGAAAGAAAAAAAGUGGCGAAAAAAGCGGUGAAACAAAUCAUUUACAGACAUGUAAUACAAACGAUGAUAAGACUAAUGGCAUAACAGUAACAGAGAUAACGAUCGGUGGCAUGAAUUUGACCACAAAAGCGAAGACCGAUUCGUCUUCGAGUCAAACCUCUGACAGCAAUCAUAAUAAGCGCACAAAUACUUCAAACGAGUCGUCUUCGAGUCCAGAAAAGGUGAUAAUCCGGAAGCCGGCGAUGAAAGCGCCCAAAAUAGAGCCAAUGGUUGUCGUGACACGACUUCCCAUUAAGAUAAAGGAUCCGUACUCUACAGAGACUGAAUGCGAAGACAUCGACAGCGAGUUUGUCGACGAAUCAGAUGUGGAAAAGUUUCGCUCAUCGAUACCAUCGACGGUCACAACAAUCAAACUCAUUGCCAAUCAUUCAAAGCCAUUGCCUGUUAUACAAGUGUCGGACAAUAAGUCUUCAACCGAUAACUCGUCCGAGAGUUCCGAUAACAGCGCCAAAAGCCUCGAGAGUGUGAUCGGACUGAACGGCCAUUGCGUGCAAAAGUCCGCGACUGUGAUAGAAGUGAAUAAAGACCAGAGGAAUGGUUCCAUCGAUACCACUGAUAGCGAAGAGCAAAGUGACAAAAGUGUUAAAUCGAGUGAUAGUGAGACCAAAGAAUCGUCGUUUGUUGGCGAAGACGACAAAAGCACUUUCAAAGACGGAUCAGUUCGCGAUUCAGGAUUCUCUGAAUCGUCGACCCGUCCGGACUCGCCCUACGAUUGCAUUAAAUUCAUUGACAAUUCCUAUGGAAACGAUUGCAAACACUUAACAGAAAGUGUUGUUUCAAAUGAAAUACAUAGAAAAAAGCCAAAUAAUGAUGACGUGAAUGAUAUCGAGCCCACGAUUGAGGACCGAUCCGUUCAGACUAUGGGCGCCAUUGAGUGCAAAGACAUACACGCCGUGCCAUCGAUGGCCGACGAGACCCGAAACGGACUUAAUCUCAAUCUAUUGAGUAAAGAAGAAGACGAUUCUGUGGCCGUCGAUGUGUCUGAUGUAAAGGUACACAACGGAGAGGCCAUGAAAUCGACUGUCGAGGCCUAUACCGAAGAAAUAGAUUCAAGUGCUGUCAGAAUACGUGAAAAUAAAUCACUUUCUGUUCAUUUGUCGAAAAUAACUGAAGAAAUAGAAGAAGACUUCAAUCAAACUCCAAAUCUAAUGAACAGAAAAUAUGCCAAAAACAAGAAAUGGCCGUGCUUUCAGUCGCAUUGGCCCAGAAUAAGGAAGAAACGUAAUUUUGAAAUGCAAGCCCCGGGCAGUGAUCACAUCAAUGACUACUUCUGA